AUGAGAAUAGAUGAUGGGUUUAACGUUUCAAACAAGGCAGCCAAAGAAAGAAACUUGACUACUAGUGAUGUUGUUGUUGAUAUUGGUGUGAAGCUACAUCAAGUUAUUGAUCAUCAUCGUCAAUAUCAUCAAUCAUACCCUUUUAGUACUGGUAUGAUGCUUCAUCAUGUUAAUCACCACCGUCCAUUUAAUAACGGACCCACAUCACCAUUUGAUAGAAACAAGUCCUUGAUCAACUACAGUGGUGAUCAUAUAUACAGUGUUGCUGCUGGCGGUGGAAGCAGUGGUGGUGCAGUUGGGGUUAGGAGUUUGCAGCCUUUUGGCAUUUCUGAAACAACUAUCACUACCCCAGCGUCUGCCUUCAGAUCCCCAGGUGGAGGCAAUAUGGCAGCAUCUUUGGGGUUUCCUUUUACAAAUGCACAAUGGAAAGAGCUUGAAAGACAAGCCCUGAUAUACAAGUACAUGAUGGCUUCAAUUCCUGUGCCUCCUCAUCUUCUAAUUCCAACCCCAAGAAUGGGGAACGGGUUCAAUGUAAGGUUCACAAAUGGGGCAGAUCUAGAGCCAGGGAGGUGCAGGAGAACAGAUGGGAAGAAAUGGAGGUGCUCAAGAGAUGUGGCACCAGAUCAGAAAUACUGCGAGCGUCAUAUGCACAGAGGCAAACCCCGUUCAAGAAAGCAUGUGGAACUCAAUGCAAGCAACAAUAACAACAGCAACAACAAGAAGAGCCGGCAUAAUACUGCUAUUUGUACAGAAUCUCCUGUUACGGUGGCCAUUCCUAACCCCACUAUCAACAACAGCGGCUCUGCUUCUCAUGAUCAGUUUGUGGGGACUAUGCAUCAGCCAUAUAUUCAGACCCCAGUUUUUGUAGACAAAUCCAGUGAAAAGAUUGCAACUUUUGACGUUAAUGGAACCUAUGGUUCCACAUACAAGGAACCCAGGAGUUUGAACUGGAUGUUGAAAGGGGAAGCUGGUCCUAUAGACACAAAUGAUCAACAAUGGCCACAUCUAGUGCACACAGAAAUUGGACUAGCUACUGAGGGUUCCUUCAACAAUGCAUCUGUUCUCAACCAGCAUUACCAAGAAGAGUGUUUGAAUUUAAACUCAUUCGGAAAUUUUAAUGCGAAAGAAGAUCAACAAAGCAACAACCAAUAUAGUCUGUUUCUUGAUGAGGCUCCAAGAAGUUUUAUUGAUGCAUGGUCUAAUGAUACAAAUUCUAGAAACACAAGCUCUGUUUCUUCAGAUGGGAAGCUUCCUCUUUCCCCGCUCAGUCUAUCAAUGGGAGGCAAUAAGUCUAUCGAUAAUGACAUGAGUCAGAUCGAAAUGGGUUUAGGCCUAAUCAAAUCAGAUCAAAAUCAAGAAUGUGGUGACACCAGCAGCACGCCAGGUGGCCCCUUGGCAGAGGUGUUACGAUUGAGGACAGCCAACAUCCCAGGAACUAAUCAAUCUUCUUCUACAAUUGAAAAUGGUGAUUCUAUUAGUCCUCCAGCUACUGCAGUCUCUUCACCAUCUGGGGUUCUGCAGAAAACGCUUGCCUCAUUUUCUGAUAGCAGCAGUGGUAAUAGCAGUCCAGCACUUGCCAGUUCGAGGACCAAACUGAAAUUACCAUGCUUUGGUUAA